CGCAGACGCGGCGCUAUUAAACCGUCGCAGGCGCCUCGAGCUGGUUGUGAUCGUCCUGGCUCUCAGACGUGAGUUCGUGCGUUCGCCGGCUCGCUCUUACCCUGUGACGCCCAAGCCGGGAACAACUUCCUCUUUAUCUCCGCCUGUAGCUGCGUCGUUGUGACUCUGCCACCAUGUUCGAGGCGCGCCUGGUCCAGGGCUCCAUCCUGAAGAAAGUGCUGGAGGCGCUGAAGGAUCUCAUCAAUGAGGCCUGCUGGGACAUAAGCUCGAGCGGCGUCAACCUGCAGAGCAUGGAUUCCUCCCACGUCUCCCUGGUGCAGCUCACCCUGCGCUCCGAGGGCUUCGACACGUACCGCUGCGACCGCAACUUGGCCAUGGGUGUGAACCUCACCAGCAUGUCCAAAAUACUGAAAUGCGCUGGCAAUGAGGACAUCAUUACACUAAGGGCUGAAGAUAAUGCGGACACCCUGGCCCUAGUAUUUGAAGCUCCAAAUCAAGAAAAGGUUUCAGACUAUGAAAUGAAAUUAAUGGAUUUAGAUGUUGAACAACUUGGAAUUCCAGAACAAGAGUAUAGCUGUGUAGUAAAGAUGCCUUCUGGUGAAUUUGCACGUAUAUGCCGAGAUCUCAGUCAUAUUGGAGAUGCUGUUGUAAUUUCCUGUGCAAAAGAUGGAGUAAAAUUUUCUGCAAGUGGAGAACUAGGAAAUGGAAAUAUUAAGUUGUCACAAACAAGUAAUGUCGAUAAGGAGGAGGAAGCUGUUACUAUAGAGAUGAAUGAGCCAGUUCAGCUAACUUUUGCACUGAGAUACCUGAACUUCUUUACAAAAGCCACUCCGCUCUCUCCUACAGUAACACUCAGUAUGUCUGCAGAUGUACCCCUUGUUGUAGAGUAUAAAAUUGCCGACAUGGGACAUUUAAAGUACUAUUUGGCUCCCAAGAUCGAGGAUGAAGAAGGAUCUUAGGUGUUCUUAAAAUCCAAGAAAAUAAAGUUAAGCUUUUUAAGAACUGCUUCUGAGAUGCCAGCAUGUACUAAGUUCGUCACCAAAUUUGUACCUCUUGAGUACAUAUGUAGAUAUUUUCUGUAAAUAACCUAUUUUUUCCUUCACUCUUUACAAUUUGUUUAAAGAAUAAAAUCCAAAGUCAAAUUUGGUCUUGUUAACCUAGAAAUAUUUCUGCCUUACCUAAAAAUACUUGUGUAUUCAUAACAAAAGGGUUUUGAUUCUAAAUGCAGUUUUGAGAAUUUUUUUCAAUUUAAAUAAAAGUUUUUUGAAUUUCAAACAUAACAAGACAGUGCCUUCAUUUGGACCAUGACUGUUGCAAGUAUCCUGGGGAAUUCAGUUCAAGCUACCAUUUCAUGUAAAUGUGCUUAUUUUUCCAGUCUAGAGCAGCCUGAUAAAAAUACAUUUGAUAGAGCAAUAAAAAGUAUUCCAACUACAGUAGGUGACAAGGUAUUUUUGGGGAUUCACUUGUCAAACUUAUUUUGGUAUUCUUCUAACUUGAGUUCAAGAAAUAAACAGGAGAGUAGACCUAUAUAUUUUGUUAUUUUGUCAAUUUUGUUAGCAAAAACACUUUUUUUUCCAGCUUUAUGUACCCAAAGCUGUGUGGGCUUUAAAAGACUAGCACUGUUACAGGGCAGUGUCUUAGCCUAGGGAGCCUUUUAAAAGAAUCUUGAAAGAUUUAGUAGAUCUGUGAUAGGGGCCAAGCAAUAUGUUUGUGCAAAAAUAAUUUUUCUAGUAUAAGUAGCCUUUUUUGGGACUUAAUCCUAGCAGUUGUGAAACAGACUGUUUAAAUGUUCCUACUAAUUGUGUCAAACUGGCAUAGCACAUACUGAGAAUCGCUUUAUUAAAGUCCUUUAUUCCUGGUGUAUUCUGUGCUUGGUGGUUUAAACGACUGGUUCCUUUGUUGUAGUACCUGAACUGAGUUCUGGUUACUAGAGGUAUAACCCACUAUACCCAGUAGGUAACUAGUAAUUACCUUCUGUGUGCUUGGGGGCAGGGAAGGAUAUUGGCUGCAAAGGGGCCUGAUGGAAGUUUUGGGAAUGAUGUAACUUUAAUAUAGACGGGUGAUGGUUCCAAGACUGUAUACACUUGUCAAAUUCAUCCAAUUGUACUUUAUUGUAUGUAAAUUAUACUUUAAUAAAUCUGACAUUUACAAAGCUU